GCCCCGUGGCCGGCUGCGCCUCCCUCGGCUCCUGCCGGGGGCCUCGGGGAGCUGGGUGGAAGAUGUCUAUGGAUGUGACGUUUCUGGGGACAGGCGCAGCAUACCCAUCCCCAACUCGGGGUGCCUCUGCUCUGGUCCUUCGGUGUGAGGGCGAGUGCUGGCUCUUUGACUGUGGGGAAGGAACCCAGACACAGCUUAUGAAAAGUCAACUUAAAGCAGGGAGAAUUACCAAGAUCUUCAUCACGCAUCUUCAUGGAGACCAUUUCUUUGGCCUUCCUGGCCUUCUCUGCACAAUCAGCCUGCAGAGUGGCUCCACCGUCACCAAACAGCCUAUCGAAAUCUACGGCCCUGUAGGGCUGCGGGACUUCAUCUGGCGAACCAUGGAACUCUCUCACACAGAGUUGGUCUUCCCUUACGUGGUCCAUGAGCUGGUACCUACAGCAGAUCAGUGUCCUACAGAAGAACUGAAAGAAUUUGUACAUGUGAAUAGAGCAGACAGCCCUCCCAAAGACGGACAAGGAAGAACUAUCCUAUUAGACUCAGAAGAAAACUCAUACCUUCUGGUUGAUGAUGAACAGUUUGUUGUGAAAGCAUUUCGCCUCUUUCACCGAAUACCCUCCUUUGGGUUUUCAGUCAUGGAGAAGAAACGCCCAGGUAAACUCAAUGCCCAGAAACUGAAAGACCUCGGUGUUCCGCCAGGUCCUGCCUAUGGGAAGCUGAAAAAUGGAAUUUCUGUUGUUCUGGAAAAUGGAGUUACAAUUUCUCCCCAAGAUGUCUUAAAAAAGCCUAUUGUUGGAAGAAAAAUCUGCAUUUUGGGUGACUGUUCUGGAGUUGUGGGUGAUGGAGGAGUGAAACUGUGCUUUGAAGCAGACCUGUUGAUCCAUGAAGCGACCCUGGAUGACGCCCAGAUGGACAAAGCAAAGGAGCACGGCCACAGCACACCACAGAUGGCAGCGGCGUUUGCAAAGUUGUGCCAAGCAAAGAGGCUGGUUCUGACUCACUUCAGUCAGAGGUACAAACCAGUUGCCUUGGCCAGAGAAGGAGAAACAGAUGGGAUUGUAGAACUGAAAAAGCAAGCUGAAUCGGUGUUAGAUCUCCAAGAAGUGACUCUCGCGGAAGAUUUUAUGGUGAUUGGCAUUCCGAUCAAGAAAUGAAGCCAGUUUUCCUGAAUGCAUACUGACAUGUCUGUGAAUACGUUACUGAACCAACAGUCCAGUUUCUUAUUGUUGUUGUUGUUGUCGUUUUGGUCUAAAAUUAUUUGGGUCCUAAUAAUCCUUAAAAGGAUGGAGCUGCGUUGGUGAACUGACUCAGCAGGGAGAGGGAACAAGCUUUUUGAUAAUAAAUCAUUUUAAAAAGAAAAAAACCAGCAUCCUUUUUAAAGUCUAUAUUUGACAAAAUGAUAGACUACUCAGCUAUACUUAUUGUUUUGUGGCUGCUGCCUCAAAUAUGAGCCAACACCCCAUUCAAUCCUGGGCUUAGCUUCUGCCCAGCUUUAUUGCUGUUGUUGGCAAAGUACACAGGGCUUGGCCCUCUUGGCUAAAAAUGGUAUUUUGGCAGUUUGUGUUGAAUCUGUUCAUGUUAUUAACAGAAUAAGGAGAAAUGUAAUGAGACAUUGGACAUGCAGGAUUGAAGCUGGCAUGUUAAAUCUUGAAUUCUUUGCUGGAAUACUGAGUACAAGGUUGGGCUAGGUGUUUAUCCUUCAAUUAAUAUUUUAUUGAACUUUCUGGUUUGCUCUAAGCCUGUGGUUCUUAGCUGGGGUGAUACUGCUCCCCUAGAUGGAGUUUUGAAAUUAUGGGGAUGUUUUCUUGUCACAGUGACAUGGGGGUGAGGGAAGUACUACUGGUAUUUAGUCAGCAGGGGCCAAGGAUGCUGGAUCCUACAAAGUUUGGGUCAGUCUUAUAUAAUGAAGAAUUAUCUCACCCCAAAAUGAAAAUUGCAGGCCUACUGAGAUACACAGCAAGUUAAAACUUAUACUCCCACUGUGAAUAUACUUUACCAAAAUCAGUGACAUACUGAAUUGAACUACUACGUAAGCCAAAUUCAACAAAUCCUAAAGACCUUGCUAAGUGAAUAUGUUGGAAUUGGAAUGUCAUAUCAAAUAUUAUUUUCCCAAAAUGAGCCAUGAGCUGGAGCUUAUGAAUACGGAGGUAAAGAAAUGAUAUCUAUUAAACUAAGGUUUAAUUUA